GGUUACUUCCAGUAUCCCGGUUGAGCGUUGUUGUUCGUUGCUUCGGUCAACUUCACGACAGUCCUUCGCUAGUGCGUUUAACUGCUAUUAUGCUUUAAUUCUGUGUCAUGAGGCGUUCAGAGUUUGAUUAAAAGACAAAAAUCGAUUUAUUUUAACCUUAAAUAAUGGAAAUCCUUAACGUAGAGAGUCGCGAGGCGGCUCUCCCUCUCUCUGCACUGCGUCUGGUUGUGCCGCCUCUUCGGCUGAUGUCAGCGUUUCUGUGGCAGGUGGUUCAGCGUCGUAAUGUGACACAGUAUGGGAAGCUAGAGCAAUUUGUGGUGCUGGUGACCGAGACCGUGCCAGACAUCAUGAGUAGUAGUCUGGUUAAUAAACUGAUCUUUCACCUGCGGAAAAAGGUGAUAUUGGAGCUUUGUCUAAAAGAUAAAAUGCCAGACCUGUGGAUCAUUCAAGCACAUCUGGAUUCUCUUCGAAAUCUCACACAUAAAUGUAAAGAUGUGGAAAGUGAGAUCAUCAAUAACAAAUUUAUCAGAAUGGUUCACAACAUUUUAGAGGAUGCAGAAAAGAAAGAGAAUUUCGUCCAGCAUGUCUUCCCUGUAGAAUAUGGAUCCGGAUAUGAUGCAGUAUUACAGAGCCUUGCAUGGGAGUUCCUGUCUCGAGUGGAAGAUCUGCUGCCGGUGCCCAACCUCAAAGAGACAGCAUCGCGGCUUUGCGGCGGUCUCUCGAUGAUGGAGGAGAUUGUGCAGCCACUCUCCGAUCCAGCUGAGAUCAAGGAUGUUCUCCAGCAUUUCAAAACCAAAAGACUGCAUGCAAGAAACAAUGAGCAAUCUCAAAGUGUUAUCAGUGAAAUGUCCAUUCCUUCUACAGCUGAAGUAGUUUGUUUGCCUCAUCCAAUCGCACAAGAAACCGUCUCGCCUACCAUUACCAUUGAACAUGAGGAAACUUUGCCCCCCACCUCCAUUGCACAAGAGACAAUUAUCAUUGAAUCAGAAGGCACAGAGAACCAAUCAGAAUCGGAUCAUGCGGCCAUCGCCAUAAUGAGCCCUUCUCAGAGUUACACAGAAGAGGCUGAGCCUUUAGCGGACAGCGAAGAGUUCACAACAAUAGAUGCCACUGAAGAAGCAGAGGAAGGCUUACAACAAGAAGAGGUACUUUGUGAAGAGAAAGACUCCGGUGUCUGUGAAGUCCAGCAGAUCUACCUGACCUCGGACGGCUCCACCGUGGUGGUGUCAGAGUUUGAGAACGAGGGAGAGGAGGCGACUCAACUGCAGUUUCUAGAGCAAUCAGAGAUGGUGGAAACGUCUGGUGUGAGGCAAGUCAGUUUAGAGCAGUGGAUCUCAGAAUUAACUGGAAAGGGCAUCUCUCUACCAGUUUUGCCUCCAACUCCUGUUGAGAUCGUGAGGGAGGAGACAAUCUAUGUUCCUGUCAUAGAAAGACCACCGUCUGUGAAGUCUAUCAUCCACAGAAAGAGCAGUCCACCUCGAGCCGCAGUUUCCAAAAAGGCAGCAGCCACUCCUUCUGAGUCCCACACAAUGCAGGAGGAGAAAAGACACAGCUGUCCCGAGUGUCACAAAGAGUUUCGCUUCGAAUGCCUGCUGAGAAAUCACAUGCGCACUCACACGGGCGAGCGGCCGUUCCAGUGUUCAGACUGCGGCAAAAGCUUCAGGUGCCUCAGCUUCUUGACGAAUCACAUCAAAACACACUCACUCGCCAGACCUUUCAAAUGCAUACAGUGUGUCAAGACCUUUCGCAAGAAAGCAGACCUCAUCAAGCACAUCCGUGUGCACACUGGUGAGAAACCGUACAAGUGCACCAUUUGUGGCAAAAGCUUUUCUCAAGGCUCAUACUUGAAGAUUCACCGCGAAUGCCACACCUCAGAGAACCUGCACCAGUGUCCUCACUGUGACAAGAGUUUCCCGACAGCAUUUAAGCUGUCCAUUCAUGUCCGCUACCAUUCCAUGGAGCGCUCGUAUCAGUGCAAUCAGUGUGGGAAGAGCUUCAUCUACGCCAGCCUCCUUCGAAGACACAAAGGUUAUCAUGCAGGUGAGCGCCAGUAUCUGUGCUCCAUCUGCGGUAAGUCCUUCGUCUACAUGUUCGACUUGAAAAAGCACCAGCGCAACCAUGAGAGACCACGGAUCAAGAUCCCAUGCACCCUUUGUAACAAGACAUUUGCAGGACCUGAGAUGCUGAGGUGCCACCUGCGCAUACACACCGGAGAACGUCCAUUCCGCUGCAAGAUCUGUGGAAAAGCAUUCUCUCAGAUUGGGAACAUGAAAAGACAUGAGCGCGUGCACACGGGCGAGAGGCCGUUCACCUGUGAAAGAUGCGGGAAGACGUACAAGCACUCCUCUCACCUGAAGAACCACAUGCUCAGCCACACGGGCGAGCGGCCGUGGCAGUGCUCUCAUUGCGGGAAGAGCUUCAAGUUUGCUGGGCCUCUUAAAAAACAUGAGAGAACUCACUUGGGUGAACGAGGAAAUCGUAGAAGGAGCUACGACCAAACACGUAGCCGUAUGAAAUCAGAACACAAAAGCCCUUAAUUGAAUGUAGGGAUCUUGCGGCUUAACAAUGAUCAGCUGACACAUUAACAACUAGUCAUUACUUUAAAAGAUAAUAUAAUUUUGUUUUCCAAACCAUGCUUUAUGCAACUCAUAAUUGAAACUGCUCACAGAAACACUUUAUAAAUUCAUACUUUACAUAGUUUGUGGUAUUUAAAGGAAAUAGUUCACCAGAAAUUGAAAGUUUGCUGAAAAUUUACCCUUAGGCCAUCCAUGAUGUACAUGGGUUUUGGAGAAAUUUGGAACAGAUUUACAGAAAUUUGCUCACCAACGGAUCCUCUGCAGUGAAUGGGUGCCAUCAGAAUGAGCAUCCAAACAGCUGAUAAAAACAUCACAAUAAUCCACACCACUCCAGUUUGAAGUUGAAAAAUUUUGAUGAAAUUGUUACACACAGCUUUUUGCUUCACAAGACAUUAAUUGCUGGACUGGAGUGGUGUGGAUUACUUGUGGAUUAUUGUGAUGUUUUUAUCAACUGUUUGGACUCUCAUUCUGACGGCACCCAUUCACUGCAGAGGAUCCAUUGAUGAUCAAGUGAUGUAAUACUAAAUUUCUCCAAACUGGUUCCAAUGAACAAAACACUACAUCUACAUCUUGGAUGGUCUGAGGGUGAGUAAAUUUUCAGCCAAGUUAAAUUUUUGGAUGAACUACUCCUUGAGUUCUUCAAUCCAGAAGGCUUGUAGUCAUAGUCAUUGUGAUAUCUCAAUCAUGCUGGACAAGUCAUUUCAACAAACAAACCAAUAAAUAAUCUGUUUAUUGCACAGUAAAAUGUCCAAGGACAAAAGCAAUGUGAGAUUUAAGCCACUCGAUUUUAUUUGUUGUCCACUUCAAAAUUUUAGAAGCAUAUUGGAUAAACUCACUGUAACAACAAUACUGUCCGCUUUUCCACCAUCACUGAAUAAUGCUGUUUGUUUUUGUACACACAAUCCCUGUACCAAUUCUGACUGGAUGUAAAAUUCAUCCGUUAUUUGGCUCAUGCCAAUACAAAUUGGAUACUCUUAAAAAGAGAUUGAGAUUUGAGCAGUGAGCUUUGGCAUCAUCCUUUGUAACAGUAACUUACAUUUGUAUAAUGUAUAUAUUAAAUUUUGUUAAAUCUAGCAAAUAUACUUUAAAAGUUAAUGCUUUUGUACAAAAUGGAAAUUCUUUUCAGUGUUUUUCCCCAUGUAGCACAAAUUUGUUUCUUUUUAUGAUACAAAUAUACAAUAUAAAUCCA